UAUACCCCCAUUUUCAUACCAUGUACCCAUUCUCUGUAGUCUGUCUCUGUACCAACCACAAAAUCUCUCGCUGUCUCUCCAGCUGUACUCGUCGGAUCUUUCCAGUUUCGUUGCUGUUGUGCAUGGCAGUCAGCCUGGUGGCGCGUGAGGUAUCUGAUCUAUGCCUUGGAAAGCCUGCCCUAAGGUCGCUCUCCGUCUCCGCCACCGUCGGUGACGCACUUUCCGCUCUCAAGCGGUUCGGAGAAUCGUAUUUAAGCGUCUGGAACUGUUGUCACGGCUCUCUGAGAUCCAAAAACAUCGAUUCAGCUCAGGAGGAAUGUAGAUGCAUCGGCAAGGUUUGCAUGGUGGAUGUCAUUUCUUUCUUGGCUAAAGAGGACAAUUUUUUGAAUCCAGGGGCGGCGCUCCAGUCUCCGGUCUCCGUUCUUAUCCCGAAAGAAGCCGCCGCGCUUGUUAGGCAUUUGGAACCGCACGCCAGUUUACUGGAGGCCAUAGAUCUCAUACUGAAAGGGGCGCAGAACCUUGUGAUUCCGAUUCAGGGGCCUGAAUCAAGGAGGAAGAAGAUUCUCUUCAAACCCUCCUUGAGUCCUAAUCUCCACAACAACCGUGAGUACUGCUGGCUCACCCAAGAAGACGUAAUCCGGUUCCUUCUCAACUCAAUCGGCCUCUUCUCUCCCACCCCGAUCCAGUCCAUUGAUUCCCUCGACAUUAUCGACACAGAAUCCAUCUUCGCUGUUCAUUACUACUACCCCGCAUCCUCUGCCUUACCAAUGAUAUUUCAGUCGGUGAUCACGCAAACAGCUGUGGCCGUUGUUGACAGCGAGAACAAAAUAAUAGGCGAAAUCUCACCAUUUACCCUGAAUUCCUGUGACGAAACAGUGUCAGCUGCAAUUGCAACCCUUACAGCAGGGGAAUUGAUGGCUUUUAUAGACCGUGGAGGGCCAGAGGAUCUAAUACGGGUUGUGAGAGAGAGGCUGGAACAUACGAAUCUAAGUGCAGCAUUGGAAUUGAUAGAAGAGGAUUCCGGAAUUUCAUCGUCUUCUUCUGUGUAUUCCUCUUCAUCAGAUGAGGAGUUUGGACUGGGGAGGAGUGGGAGGUAUUCAAGUAGGUCCGUAGUGAGGAAGUCAGAGGCAAUUGUAUGCCAUCGUUGGAGUUCCUUAGUGGCAGUGAUGAUACAGGCACUUUCACACCGUCUAAGCUAUGUGUGGGUAGUGGAAGAGAACUCUACUCUGGUCGGAAUCGUUACUUUUGCCGGGAUGAUGAAAGUUUUCCGGGAACGUUUGAAAUCAAUGUGAUCGAAGAAAUUUUGGUUCAAAAUCUGUUGAAGUAACUUAAAUAUUAACAGUUGCGACUUGUGACUGCUAAUGAAAUAAAUAUUUCAGAGAAACGAAAACACAAUGGUUUCUAGGGC